CAUGAAGCUUGUUUCUUUUUACAGAAACUACAUCUUCUGAUUGGCUGCCAGUUCUAAUCGAGGAAGCAGCGUUCUUUCUGAUUGGCCACCAGCCUCUCAGUAACGCAACGCUUCCUGGUUUUCUGCAAAUGGACAAAUAAAGUCGUUUUUAAACGCGUGCUGCGGUGGGAAACCUGGUUUUAAAAUGCCACACAGAAGCAGCUGCAGUGUGGUGGUGGUCGUCGUGUUGUGUCUUUUUGUAUGUGCAUCCUGUAAGUUUCCCACUCUGGAUCAUAUUAAAGCCAGAUCCAGCGGGAAGGCUCAGGGGAGAGCAGUGAUCGGGCUGCUCAAGCGUCUGAUCGGUAACAGAUCCACAGAGUUCAUAGUGUCAGUGAACAGAAACCUUUCUAACGACAGUCUGGAUGUGUGUGAGCUCAGAUCAACCAAAAACAACAAAAUCGUGGCGACAGGCAGCAGCGGGGUGGCCGUGGCUUCUGGGAUUUACAACUAUCUGAAAUACUUCUGUAACUGUCAUGUUUCCUGGUCUGGUGAUCAGCUGGAUCUGCCCCGUCCUCUGCCCAAGCUCAGCGGAGUCCUGCGCAUCAACACACCGCACAGGUUUCGUUACUACCAGAACGUCUGCACGUUUAGCUAUUCCUCUGUGUGGUGGGACUGGCCGAGAUGGGAGAGAGAGAUCGACUGGAUGGCACUCAAUGGAAUCAAUCUACCAUUGGCUUUCACUGGCCAAGAGGUCCUAUGGCAAGAGGUGUAUCGUGCUCUUGGGUUAAACCAGUCAGAGAUAGAAGAGUUCUUCUCUGGACCGGCUUUUCUUGCCUGGAACCGGAUGGGAAACAUGUUCCAGUUUGGUGGACCUCUGCCUCAGUCCUGGCAUGUGAACCAGCUCACCCUCCAAUUUAAAAUCUUGGAGCGAAUGAGAUCGUUUGGCAUGAUUCCCGUGCUGCCGGCCUUUUCCGGGAACAUUCCCAAGGGAAUUCUCAGGUUGUAUCCAGAAGCAAAUGUAACAAGAUUGGGCCCUUGGGCUCAUUUCAACUGCAGCUUCUCAUGCUCCUACAUCUUGGACCCCCGGGACCCACUUUUCCUCCAGAUCGGAUCCCUCUAUCUGUCCCAGGUGGUUAAACAGUUUGGGACCGACCACAUCUACAACACUGACACUUUCAAUGAGAUGACUCCACCUUCCUCUGACCCCACCUACCUGUCUGCUGUCAGCCGCUCUGUGUUCGCCUCAAUGACUGCAGUUGACCCUCAGGCAAUUUGGCUGAUGCAAGGCUGGCUGUUCUUCAGUGAUGCAGCGUUCUGGAAGCCAGCCCAAAUUCAGGCCCUACUACAUGGAGUGCCGCUGGGUCGAAUGAUCGUACUGGACUUGUUCGCAGAGACCGAGCCAAUUUUCUCCUACACCGAAUCUUUCUAUGGACAGCCAUUCAUUUGGUGCAUGCUGCAAAACUUUGGGGGCAACAGCGGUUUCUUUGGCACAGUGGAAAGCAUCAAUUCAGGACCCUUCAAAGCCUUACAUUUCCCAAACUCCACCCUGGUCGGCAUAGGCAUGACACCUGAGGGCAUUGAACAGAAUCCGGUGAUGUACGAGUUGAUGAGCGAGCUGGCUUGGCGUAAGGAGCCGGUCAACUUGUCCAAGUGGGCUUCACUCUAUGCAAUACGUCGCUAUGGCAGCACGCAAGAGAACUUGACCGCUGCAUGGAGGCUCCUGUUUGCCAGCGUUUAUAACUGCACCGUACCACAUUACCGAAAUCACAACCAUAGCCCAUUGGUGCGCCGACCGUCAUUACAUAUGAAUGUUGACCGUUGGUAUGACACAGCUGAUUUGUACAAAGCCUGGAAACUGAUUAUGGAGGCAGCUCCAUCUCUCAUGUACAAGGAGACCUUCCGGUAUGAUCUUGUGGAUGUGACUCGGCAGGUUUUACAAGUCCUGACAACAUCUUAUUACCUGGACAUCAAAGAUGCUUUCCAGAACAACAAGUUGCCAGAGCUGCUAACUGCAGGUGGGGUGCUGGUCUACGAUCUCUUGCCGGAGCUUAAUCGUUUGUUGAGUAGCGAUCGCAACUUCCUGUUGGGGACAUGGCUGGAGCGAGCACGAUCCUUAGCCCUGGAUGAAAAGGAGGCACAGCUCUAUGACAUGAACGCCAGAAACCAGCUCACUCUAUGGGGUCCCAGUGGUGAGAUCCUGGACUACGCCAGUAAAGAGUGGGGUGGCCUCAUGGAGGACUAUUACGCCCAGAGAUGGGGCCUGUUUGUCCAAACACUGGUGGAGUGUCUGGACAGAGGACAGCCUUUUAGGCAGGAUGCUUUCAACCAGGCAGUUUUCCAGAUAGAAAAGGGAUUCAUUUACAACGGCCGAAAGUACCCAACCAAGCCUCAGGGAGACCUGUUUGAGAUCGCCUGCAGGAUCUUCCUUAAGUACUACCCACAGGCCUUGAAGAGACUAUAGUGAGCAGAGACCACCACAUUUUGGGAAAACCUGACUCAAGUCGCAGCAAGAAGAAUGUCUUCCUCCACCUUUAGUUUUCUAUGGAAAUCCCAAACAUUAAUAAUAAAGACAAUCA